GAUAUAAAUACAUUAUGAAGAACACGAAGGUUUCUGAUCAUUCUUAUAUUGUCUUCCGCGGAGGAUAUAGGUAGCUUACUAACAAAAUGAAGACUCUUCUCUCGAUCUCAGUUUGUGUGGUUCUGUGCGUUAUUGGCAGUACUGAAGCUAAAGGAAUUCCUUCUUACAUAACAUUAUGCAAAAGCAAGGACCCAGAAUUGGAGAAAUGUAUUUUACGAGCUGUUGAUGCAAUUCAGCCACAUCUCAAAUCAGGAAUUCCAGAAUUAGGCAUUCCAUCCCUCGACCCCUUGACCAUACCAUUUGCAGGACUUGAAGCCGGACCAACUUUCAACGCCAGUUUCAGAGACAUUGAAGUAUAUUAUGCGAACGAAUUCAAAAUCGACAAAUUCAAACUUGAUUUGGACAAAGUUGAUCUUGAUAUUGGCAUCACUUUUCCCAAAUUGAGGAUCAAGUCUAAAUAUGCCAUCGAUGGAAAGAUUCUGUUCCUUGAACUCAAAGGAUCUGGACCAGCUGAUGGGAAUUUCACUAAUGUCCAUGCUGAAGUGAAGGGAAAUGGAAGGAGAAUCGAGAAGAACGGAAAAACUCAUUUGGAAAUCGAAACAAUCAAUGUUAAAGGCGAUUAUGGAAAACCUAUUUUUCUCUUCGCUGAUCUGUUCGAAAACCAAGAGGUCAACGAUCAAACCAACAAAAUCAUAAACGAUAAUAUCGUAGAAAUAAUAAAAGAAUUGGAGCCUGUUGUUAACAAAGUUGUGAUUGAAAUUGUACAGAGUUUAGUAUCUAGAGUGUUUGUGAAAUAUUCCUUUGAUGAACUGUUCCCAAAAUAGGUAAUUUAUCAUCUCUUAAGAUAUUUGUUUUGUAAGAAGUUUUUAUUUAUAUUGUACCUAAUUGUAUGCCGAAUGCCAGUAUUUGAACUCAGUGUAUUCUUUUAAUUGAAUGAAUGUUGAAUAAAUAUGAAUAAAAGACAGUGUCAAGCGAAGACUAUAACUUUAA